AAACCUCUUUCCGGCGGAAGUUGACGACGCUGAGAGACGAACGCCAGGCAAAAGGCGAAGAAAGGCCAGUUUAAUCAAGAAAAAACAUUAAAAAUGUUAAAAGAGUUGGUGCAGGAGCGACUGAUGGCGGCGGCCGACGAAAUAUUCGCGCUGUUUGAAGGAACGAUCGCGUCGUACGAGGAGGAACUUUCUAGAACGAGAGAGAAGGAGCGACAUCGACAACCGGAAGCUGCUAGCAAAACAGUGUUACAUUUUGAAGAUGUGCAGCAGCUGAUUGGUCCUCAAGAAGAAUGUCCCCCUCAGCUGCAAGGAUGGAUCACAAGCUGGGAGCAGGAGGAUCCACAGCCCCCUCACAUUAAAGAGGAGAAGGACAAACUCGGGAUCCCUCAGUGUCUUCUCGGAUCGAAGGGGGCUGGUCUCACAAAGUCCCCACAGACUGGUGUCCCUGUAAAGACUGAAGAUGAUGAAGAGAAACCACCUGAGUCCUCACGGCUUCAUCACAGUCCAAGUGAGGAGAACAGAGGGGCGGAGCCUCCAAGCAGCAGCUUACUACAACACAAGACAACAGAAAUGGACGCAGACCACUUUGGAGCUCCACUGUCAGAUAGUGACACUCAAGACAGGGUUGAAGAACGUUCUAGCAGCGAUACAAACUUCGUAGAUGAUUUGAGGAUUCACACUGACUACAAACAUUCUAAAUGCUUUGAAAGGAAGACCAAAUGUUGGACCUGCUCUUUUUGUGUCAAAAGCUUUUUUUAUAAAGCAGCGUUCGCUCGACACAUGAGAACACACACUGGGGAAAAACCCUUUGCUUGUUCCGUCUGUGGUCAAAGAUUCUCUCAAAAGUCCCACUUGAUAUCACACAUGAGAACGCACACGAGAGAAAAACCCUUUGCUUGUUCAGUCUGCAACAAGAGGUUUAGUCUCAAGUCCAACUUGACUGUACACAGCAGAACUCACACCGGAGAGAAACCCUUCACCUGCUUACUUUGCGGUCAGAAAUUUGCUGUCAACGCCACUUUGGCUACACACAUGAGAGUCCACACCGGGGUGAAACCCUUUGUUUGUCCAGUUUGUGGUAAGACUUUUUCUCAAAGGCCACACCUGAAAUCACACAUGGGAACACACGCAACAGAAUAAGCCUUUCGUUGUUUAGUUUCUGGUCAAAGAUUCCGUCGUCAAGGAGAGUUGGGCUCUGCCAAAUGUAAGAAUAAAAUGAGAUGAUGAAAUUUGCGUUCUUUUUGAAAAAUUACAGGCUUCCUUAGAAGUCCAUCCGAUCCAAUAUCUACAGUUUCUGAGAAAACUUACACACGUGCUUACUUGCACCUGUCUUGUUUUGUACUGGAAAAUAAACAUGUCUGGUUUUGUUUUUUUUGUCUCA